AUGAAGGAGCUUCUGGGUUCAGACUGCAGUUACGAACAUUCUGAUGAAAAAACUACCAAUACAACUCAAACAACGCAUUUUGAAUUUCGUGACUGCCAGGAAUCCUAUAAAAACAAUGAGAAACAAUCAAAUGCAGAAGACCUCCAGUGUAUUUGUGACAGGCCUGAGCAGAUUGUGCUCUGCAAACUAUGCUCCUACGAGCUGAAGGGACGUGUUAGGAAGAGGUGCAUUGUCCAUCCCACGACUGUCUACGUCAUGGAUAUCAGCUGCUGUCCACAGUGCCACAGCAAGAAACAACUGGUUGAGGUCAUACCAUUUUAG